AUGGCACCAAGAAUAGUGUCCUCCGUUUCAGGAUCGGUCCCUGGAAGCUAUCGUCAAGAACUGUUGGUUUGCCAGUUUACAGAUAUGAUGAAUUCUAAGGGGCUUGUGUGGUCUGGCGGUAAUCCAUUUUCGUUCACCUUACCGGUCCUUUUAGCCCAACUCUCUGUUGCAUUCCUGCUUUCAAGAACAGUUUACAUCCUCCUGGAACCAUUUAAACAAAGUAUGCUCAGUGCCCAACUUAUUGCUGGAAUUAUACUGGGGCAGUCUUUUUUUGGACGGUCAAACCUCUCAAAGCAGCUUUUUCCUCCGGGUGGUAGAUUACCUCUUGAGACUCUGGCAGAUUUUGCGCUACUUUUUCAUUUGUUUCUACUAGGAAUACGCGUUGAUCCGAGUAUGGUGAAAAAGACAGGAAGAGAUGCAGUAGCAAUUGGGCUUACAGGUUUCGUAUUGCCUUUCACAUUAGGGAUAAUAGCGGCUUUUGUCGUUCCGCAUAUGAUGGAGUUCGAUGGAUCAAUUCAAGAGUCCAUCUUGCGAAUAGUAACCAUCAAUUCGCUGUCUUCUUUCCCGGUGAUUACUAGCCUUCUUGCGGACCUCAACAUUCUCAAUUCAGAUGUCGGAAGAACUGCAACCUUAGCAUGUUCGGUCAACGAAUGCUGCAACUAUACUGUGUAUGCGUUGCUUACCGUGAUGAGCUCGAUCAUACGGCACAAACAAUGGUAUGCAAUGUAUUAUGUUGCAUGGGCCACGAGUCUUUUUGUGCUCUAUCGAUAUAUUGCUAGGCCAUGGAUGUUACAUGUGGCUCGGCAUAUGCCGGAUGGGCAACCAUUGAAAGAGAUCCAGUUCUUAAGUAUCAUGAUAACAACCCUGAUGUGUGGUUUUUUCACGGAGCUGAUUGGUGUGCCUGCUGGGAUUGGGGCUUUUAUUUUCGGCAUGGCGAUACCCGACGGGCCACCUGUGGGAUCAUAUUUGGUACAGAAGAUUGACACAAUCUGUACCGGCUUGUUACUUCCAGCAAAGUUUGCAGUUACUGGUUUGAAUACGGACUUCUUCUCAAUAGCAGCAAAUAAUUCAGCCCUCAUUUACUCGGCAGUCAUCAUUCUGGGCUACUUGGGGAAGUUCACUGGUGUCCUACUUUCAGCUCUCUACUUUCAAACGCCCUUAAGGGAUGCUGUGAGUCUUGCUUUGGUCAUGUGUUGCAAAGGGAUCAUUGAGGUUGCCAUAUAUAUCAUACUGAAGGAAGAUCAGAUGAUAGACCAGGAAGCAUAUGGACUUCUGUUGAUUUCAAUGAUAGUUACAACAGGAAUUGCUAGACCUUUGCUAUCUUUCCUUUAUGACCCAUCAAGAAGGUACUCUUCAUACCAGACAAACAGCGUUUUGUACUCAAAUCCUAAAAAUGAUCUGCGGAUACUCGUAUGUGUCCACAGUCAAGACAACGUCCCAACGAUAAUAAGCCUUCUCGAAUCCUCAAACCCAUCGAGAAGCAUGCCCAUCUCCGUUUUCGUCCUAAACCUCAUGGAGCUAAGUGGCAGGGCAGCAGCAGUUCUUGAGCGGAAUGUGUACAGGGGCAGACUCACUUCCAUGCGCAGUAGAUCGGAACAUAUAGCUAAAGCCUUCAGCUAUUUCGCGCAGAAAAAUGAAGGUGUAAUGAGUCUGCAGCAUUUUACUUCCAUUGCACCGUAUGCAAGCAUGCAUAUGGACAUAUGCACGAUUGCCUCGGAUGUAAUGGCGAACAUUUUGAUCCUGCCUUUCCACCGGGUAUGGGAAAUUGAUGGAACUAUUGGGAGCAACUUACCUGCAAUUAGGACAGUGAACCAGAACGUCAUCACGAAAGCUCCUUGUUCAGUUGGCAUCCUGGUCGAUCGUGGCCACAUAGCUGGGAAUCUGAGCAUCUUACCUGGGAAUACCUUGUUUCGUAUCACCGUGCUUUUCCUUGGUGGCGCAGAUGAUCGCGAGGCGCUUGCGUAUGGUAGCCGUAUGGUUGGACAUCCGCAGAUUGGGCUCACCUUGGUCUGGCUCAGAUUGUGGGACCACAGGAAAGGCUUUGAGGAAGCACCGGUGAACAAUGUUGAGAGCAGCAUAGACAGUGACAUGAUUAGUCACUUCAGGGCUAAUACCAUUGGGUACGAAAGCGUGACGUACAAGGAAGAGAUGGCAAAAGAUGCCGUCGGAACAACAAGAGUACUCCGAUCUCUGGAGGAAGCUUGUGAUUUGUGCAUAGUCGGCAGACAACAUGCACCUGACUCUCCUCUCACGCUAGGGCUUACAGACUGGAGCGAAUGCCCUGAACUCGGGGAUAUUGGAGAUAUGCUAGCCACUUCCGAUUUCCAGUUUUCACUGCUGGUGGUCCGACAACGACCUCCCGCCGGGACUGGCUUUUCAAAUCGGUACACCCUUCAGCCCCUUGCCAGUAGUCAUGGUGUAGUUACUAAUUGA